ACGAUACAAGUGAAAAAGCAGCUGAAAAUGGCGGCGGCGAGGUGCGCCGGGUCUGCUAGUGGACUCGGGCAGCAGACGAAUACGAGGCCCGGGUCCGUUUCUAAUCACCGUCAUGUGCGAUGUCUUACUCUGGAGGAAGCUCGGUGCCCGGUUUGCUUGGAGAUACUGCUGGAGCCUGUGACUAUGCCAUGCAGACACUCGGUGUGCCUCCACUGCUUUAAGCGGACGGUUGAGUGUAGCGGGCUGUGCUGCCCGUCCUGCCGGCUGCGCGUGUCCAGCUGGGCCCGGAAUAAACUGUCCCGAGAGAAAAGCCUCGUCAACACCGAGCUCUGGGACAUGGUGCGCCAAAGUUACCCAGAAAAAUGCGGUCGCAGAUUAGAGCAGAGGGACCGAGUGAAGGCUUCGGAAGAUGGUUUCUGUUCACCUGUCCAAAUACGUAAGCCUGGAGAGAUGCGGAAUGAUUAUGAUAAACAAAAAAAUAAGAUGAAAAUGGAUGAAGAAACUGAAGAGAGAAUGAAAAAGUGCCUCAAGAAAGGGGAAUGUGGACUACAGCAUUCUCAGGAUACUCCUUUAGGAGUGUUGUCAGACUCUGAGAAUGAAGAACCUAUGAGAAUGAGAACCAGGCACGCAUCAGCAUUUGUGCGCAGAUCAAGGUUUUCUCCAGCUUUUUGCAGAAGUCUAUACACCAUCAAUGUACAAAGGAGCCAAAGCUGUACUGACUCUGAGGAGGGAAGAAGAAAAGUUGCUCAACCACAUCUUUCUUUACCAGAAAAAGUCAGUGUCUGUCAUAGUUUCAAUGCUGGGAUACUCCUAUCCUCUGAAAACAGCCGUUCCUUCUCAGCACCUGUACUUCCCCUUGACAAGAGGCAUUUCUGGCAUUCCAUCUUGACCUCCCCUCCUUCAUCUUUAGUGCCUCACACUAAACCUGAGCGAUCUGUCAGCCCAGAGAGCAAUGACAGCAUCUCAGAAGAGCUGAACCACUUCAAGCCCAUAGUUUGCUCACCCUGCACGCCACCAAAGAGACUUCCAGAUGGUCGGUUAAUGGAACCCACCAUAGUAAAGUCCACACCCAGGAACCUGACCCAUGGCCUGCAGAAAAGCACUAGUUAUGAAGCCAGUCCUAGCAUCCUGCAAAAGUGGAAGCAGGUUGAGCUAGACCGGCAGCGUGUCAAGUUCAUGUCCAAGGGGACCAUCACUAGUCCAGUGGCAGAUGAUUACAGCAUCACACAGUGCUCUGAAGAAGACCAAGAGAACAAGUCUUGCAACUGUGGACCCAUGGAAAAAGGCUUGCAGGGCCCACAUUGCUCUUGUUCUAUAAAUACAAACUAUUCUAAAAAGCAGAGGGGAAAGUCUUUGCUCUACAACAAGCGACAGCUGAUUUUUGACCAGUGUAGCCGAGAUGAUGGUUCACAGUCUACAACUGCAUAUCCUACUUUUGAAAAUAUGGAUACUUAUAACCAGUGUGGUGCUUGUGAACCACAUUCUUCACCUUUAGGAAAAGCUGAAAACUUGAAAUCACCCAUAAUGGACAAACGUAUAGGAGUAAGUCAUAAUCAGGGUAUAGAGGACCUUCAGGACUUAAAGAAUGAGCCUAAUUUCAGAAGUUGUGUACUUAACAGACCUACCUCACGAAAGGGCAGAAAGAGGAGGCAGAAAACCAAACAUUUGGAAGAGAGUAAAAGGAUAAAAAUAUUCAAAAUAGAAAGCUGUGAUAGCUGUGACCCACAAUGUAGAAAAAAUGAAUAUGUUGAACGGCUCCAUCAGGAAAGAAUGGACAGAGAACUGGCAAUAAAGCUACAAAGACAGUUUGACAAAGAAGGCCAAAAAGUAGAAAGGCACAGGAUGAGUUCUGAUAAAUAUCCUCUGCGGUCCUGGAUUUGUGUAGAUGGUAGAGCAGCACGUAAUCCACGCAGGUCAGGAAGGAUUUCUAGAAAAAUAAAACACUUUAAUUUGAAAUCUUAAAUCAUAUUCAUAUCAAGGGACAAAAGCAAACCAGUCUCACCUUGUUUGUUUAGAUGAAGAAUGUUGAUAUCUUUAGGAAUGGUCUUUGUGAACGGGACUAUGCUUAUGCCUGUCAAUUUUCCUUUUGUACUAUUUAUCUCAGAGAAUUGAACCAAAUAAUAGCUCUCUUCUUAAAAUACUUUGCCCUUACUAUUUUUCACUUUAAUUCAUCAGUACCUGAUCAAUGACCAGAAAAAUCUUGUAUGAAUUUUUUUUCUUUGGAGCAUUAACCUCAAAUUCAGAAACAAAAUGGAUUGCUGUUAUGCUAUGCAUUAUUGUUAUAAAUGUAAUAA